AAAAUCUAAAAUUUUGGAUAGUGUGGAAUAAGUAGUUUUUUUUUUUUUUUUCAUUUUGCAUAUCAAUAAUUAUUUUAUGUGAAUUGCCUCUGUAGCUGUGGCUCUAUUCAGCCUCAGCUCCAGCUUUCAAUUUUUUCAAGGAUUACAGUUGAAUCUUCAGGAAAAUGAAUGGGGUUCAAUUGCAUUCCGGCAUUGGCGAUGAAGUUGUCCUUAAUGUAUGAACUCAAUCAAUCAUCCUCAGUUUGUGCGGAUCAUUAACUGUUCCUUUUUUCAAACUCAGUUUUAUCACCUGCCACCCUCAGUGCAAUCUCAGUGGAGGCAAAUGGAAAUAUUUAUCUUGCAGCCCUUUGAAUAUAGUAAUCCAAAACAUUUAAAAUUUUAAAUGUUCUUUUCUUUUCAGGCCUGUAAUUUCUACAAUGCAGGAAGUGCUUUUUGUUUAAGUCGAACGAAUUUCCCUAGUUACAUAAAUACGUUGUCUUAAAACAGAGCUCAUUUUUUCUAUUUGUAGCGAAAUUUAAGUUAAUAAUGGCUAAGCCACUGUCCUUUCUUGAAUCCCUCAAUGAUGUAAGGAAGUCCACCUGCCAUGCUGGAGACUCAAAAAAAUAUGCCUGUCAUGUAUGCAAUAAAACAUUUUCACAAAGUUAUAAUUUAAAAAGUCAUGCUGUGAUUCACACGGGGGAAAAAAAUUACGCCUGCGAUUUUUGUGGUAAAAAAUUUUACCAGAAUUCAAAUUUGAAGACACAUAUGGCAAUCCACACAGGUGAGCGCAAGUACACCUGUCAAUUUUGCAACAAGAGCUUCACCCAGAGCUCUAACCUUAAAACGCACAUCGCCAUACAUACAGGGCAGAAAAAGUAUGUCUGCAGUUAUUGUAACAAAGGUUUCGUUCAACACUCCAAUUACAAAACUCACUUGGAGAUUCAUUCCAGCGUUCGCGUUCGAAAUUUCCCAUGCGCAUACUGUGAUAAAUCCUUCACGCAAAAAUCUAAUCUCAAGUCUCAUUUAGCCUUGCACACAGGUGAGAAAAAGUUCAAGUGCACAUUAUGUGAGAAGUCUUUUGCUCAACAGUCCAACCUGAAAUGUCACAUGGAAAUUCACAGUGGUGAAAAAAAGUACAAGUGCCCUAUUUGCACUAAACCGUUCACUCAAAGCUCAAAUUUAAAGUGCCAUUUAAAAUUGCAUGGUCAACUGCCUGGAAAAUUGUCCUGCCAGUAUUGUAAAUUGGUCAUAUGGAAGGAAAUAGAUUUGAAAAUGCAUUUAUUGUCAUGUGAAGCCCGCUUAAGUGAACUUCAGUCGAGAGCCAAAGACCUCUCUGUCAAUCAACAUUUUCUAUCCUCCUUCAAUUCAUCCAUAUAUUCCAAUCAAGUUUUUUUUCUCAAUCAUGAUGAUGGUGCCACUUGUAGUGAUGAAGAAACUAACACCACCGAUCAAAAUCCAGCAGAUCCCUUGUCUUGUGGUACCAGUAUGGACCAAGAUGACAACCUUUGAAAAUAGUCACUGACAUGUUGUCUUGGUGUUAGUGAAGUAGAAAUGUGAUACAUAUUUAAGUUUUCUCCGUCUUUUUUUCCUAUUUCCCAAUUGUUGUCCUCCUUUCAUCAUUUGACCCUCUAUUUUAUUUGUAUUUUUUCCUUCUUUUUUUAAAAUUGUGAUUUGCUUCUCCAAUAUGUAAGUUGAUUCUAUAAUUAUUAGGUUGACCCCACUCGGCCCUUCUUUUCCAAUCAUCGAUAUAAUUUAAGCACUCUGUAUUUGCAAUCUUGAUUUCUUAAAUCGAUUUGUCUGUACACAAUAAGUUCGAGAUGUAUGCAUGCACCUUCAGCUGUUGCUUUUAUUUUUUUUAUGUUUUUUGCUUUUCCUUGUUUUUCUAUAUUUUAUUUUCCUAAAUGAUUUUCUCUGUUAGCUUUGCAAGAUACUCUCUGGUGCUUAUGACUAAUUAUAGUAUGAAGCAUGAUUAAUGUUAAUUAUCAAUUUAAAUAAACGCACCAACAAAGUAGUAAUUUACUUUUAUCAGCCAUUUCCCCUGUGUACUCCAACAGAGGCUUUCUUGUAAGAAAUGGUUGCACAGCAAGGCACAUGAGCUCGGCUAUGCUGGCUGUUAGCUGUGCAUUGCUGUAAUGAAGAGGAAACAAAGUAUGUGAUCAUGGCACAGCAAGAUGGUUUCUGUCAUUUUCGAAAAAUAUAACCAUUGAUAUCAAA